AUGUAUUUACCACUUCUUGGUUCAGUCGGCUGUGUCACUCUUGUCGCUGCCUCUGCGCUGCCUCCUCUUGGUUAUGAAAGGAGAGUCCUUCUGGAUGCCUUCAUCAAGAGGCAUGCUGCUGGCAGUAAUUGCUACGCCGGUGAUGCGCCAGCAGUGACUGCUCCAAAGACCAAUGUUUGGCUUCCCAUCAGUGCUCAGGACAACAUCGACGUCUGGACACUUCUCCACGAUCCUGCCACAGGCCUGAACUUGACCAAACCCGAGGACGCUACGGUUACGGACAACUAUGUUUUUUGGAUCGACACUCUUCAUACCAACAAAUCAGAUGUUCUCCCUUACAUUGACGGCGACGGUCCUCUCCCCCCCAAGUAUGCAAGGGCCAUCAUCUUUGAAGGAGGAAAGGCCGAGCCAGACUCACAGGAAUAUAUGAUUGGCCCUCUCCCGGUCUCUGCAGAGACAACUGUACAAAAACUCGAUUACAUUUACAAUGGUGGCAGAGGCGGAUCUGUCCCCUUCAACGCUCGCUAUGCCGAUAGCAUCAAGUCCGACGCUGUAAAUCCAUUGAUUGCUUCAGCCAUGGGCAAUAUUUCAGACAUCACAGCCGCCUUGUUCGAUGGGGCCGUGUACUUCGGCCCCUCAGACGACAGAACCACACUAUCAACUACUGCAGGUACUCCAAUCUCAUUCGACGGCUCCCAGGGAUUCCGAAAUGUUAUGUUCAGACUACCAGGCUCAGGGACUUACUUGACCCCCAUUGACUUUUACCUUCUGAUUGACUGCCCCGGCACUGAUCCAUCGCACUAUUCAGUUAAAGGCUACGUCACGAAUGAGAAGUUCUACCCCGACGAAGCUUCUCUCCGAGCCGCUUUUGAAGCCGGUGAGAUCGCACAGACAUAUGUUCAGACCAAGGAUACGGAUUGGACCCUCGUCGAUUAUAAACCUGAGCUGGGUGUGCGGGCCCUCGAAGAGCACUUUGCCCCUUCAAGCCUCGAACUUGGCGGGAAACGCUAUAAACUUGAUGCGAAUGAGCAAUAUAUUGAGUACAUGGGGUUUUCGUUCUACUUGUCCUUUUCGCGGACCUUGGGCAUUAUGUUCUACGACAUCAAGUUCCAAGGCGAACGAAUUCUCUACGAGCUGUCUCUGCAAGAGGCCCUGGCCCAAUACGCAGGUUAUCAGCCGAAAGCCAGUAAUACGGUGUAUCAUGACACCUAUUACAGUCUUGGAACGGAUUUGGCAACCCUGGUUGAAGGAUUUGAUUGUCCCUUUGGCUCAACGUUUUGGAAUACGACUUAUCACGAGCAAAAUAUGUCCAUUACCAAUCAAGAUGCGAUCUGCAUCUUUGAACAAGACAUGGGGUUCCCCUUGUCUCGACAUCGCUACGGCAGCAGUGAAGGUGACUAUCCAUUCAGCCAGCUGGGAGUCGUGAAGGGAUCUGAACUGGUCAUCCGUACCAUUGCGACAGUCGGCAAUUAUGAUUACAUGUUUAGUUACCACUUUUCAACUGACGGAGCUGUCCAAGUGGAAGUGAGGGCCAGCGGCUUCCUGCAGUCCAGCUUUUACUACCCAGACCAGAAGAGAUUUGGACCUCGGAUCGCCCCGGCUACUCAGGGAUCGCUUCACGAUCACAUCCUUACUUGGAAAGCGGACUUUGACAUCAUCAGCACCGCGAACUCUUUUGAGGUAAGUGAACUGGUUGUGGUCAACCAAAGUCAACCUUGGUUCCCUGAGCUCGGAGAGUUUGAGCAAAUGGAAUUGAACGUUAGCUACCUGGAGACCGAAAAGAGAUUCAAUUGGGCCUCUAACAAUCAAGCCAUGUACUGCGUUGUCAAUCAAGACGCAACCAAUGUUUGGGGGGAGAAGCGUGGCUAUCGCCUUGUGCCCGGACAAUCCGACCUGCACCUUUCUGUUCUUAAUUCCCCGUUCUCCUUGAAAAACUCCGAGAUGGCAAAAUAUCACCUGGCUGUGACGAAGCAACACGACAAUGAGCCAUACGGAAAUUCGGUACAGAACAUCAACCUCCCUUACGCGCCUCAGCAAGAUUUUUCCAAAUUCUUUGAUGACGAGCCCAUCGAGCAGGAAGACUUGGUGGUUUGGGUUAAUCUGGGCAUGCAUCAUUUUACUCGAGCUGAAGAUAUUCCAGUCACGCUUUUCACUGAGGCCGUGUCCAAUAUAAUGUUUGCACCGCAGAAUUUCUUCGAUCGGGCACAGGAUGGAGAUUUGCUAAACAGACGAUGGAUUACGUACAACGCGACGACGGACGAGAUUACCUUCGACGCGUAUGGCGUGGAACUGCCAAAUUGUGCCAUAGAUAUCCCUGAGCCCGUCUAUGGCAUCAGUCCUACUGUCAGUGAAGAGUUGCAGGCGAACUCUCCAUAG